AUGAGGGAGAGAAUCACUUACUUCAGCCCGCAAGAUGCGGACUUGGACCCCAACCAGCUGGAGAUCAACGACGUCAAAGUCCAAGGCCCGGCGGUAGAGGCGGUGCGGGAGCACAAAAUCACGCUGACGUUGCCGGAGCUUCCCUCUGAAAUCGCUGGGCUUCUUCGCGAUCUCGACCAGCUGCAGCUGAGAUGGGCAACGCCGGCGAGCUAUAACACGCUGGAGCCCUUUAGCUCUCGCAUCUCUCCCGGCCUCCACGUAUCAUAUACUCCCAUCAAAGAGGAUCACGACCCUUGGAGCAGGGAAAAGCUGUGCACGGCUCUUCAAGCAUUUGGGCGGCUAGACUGCUCAUCCCCAGAUGUAUUCAUCAACCUCAGUAAUGAGCGUCAAGCAGGUUCCCCUGCUCUAUUCUUCUAUAAUGAAUUGGAGAAACUGGACGGGUUUGCAAAGAGGCUCGGUCCGGUAGUAUGCUCAGGACCAACUGCCGCCGAAUGCAGGAAACAGCUCCAGGAGCUCAAGGACGCCGUCAGCUUGGACAUGUCUUACGAUUCAACCUCGGAGUCUGUCAAGAUUCAGGCUCUAUGGCCUUUGCAGAAGCGGGAGAUAUCCGUGCCUGCAUCACCCAAGGGCCGUACUGAAGUCGGCAUCUUACGUAUAGGCGACGCGCCGGGCAUGGAGGCGCAUGAAGUCGGUGUCUCGGGAGUUUUGGCAGUCAUCGGGGAAACAAAGACGCCAUCGCCAACUAUGUUUGCCUUUGCAGCGCGGCACAGAGCUGCGUCGGGGACUUUCGUAUCCAAAUUUCAGCAACCGACAGGUCUACAUCCCACUCUGCAGCUGAGUCUCAGUACGACAGCACCUCCAGUUGACGACGACGCCGAGUGCGCUCCAUACGCAUACUUUACUUUCCCAAAAGUCAUCUUUGCAGACAGGUACCAGUUGGCGGAUGAGCUAUUCCUUGCGUCCAAGAACUUGGCAGCCGCAAAGUACGUGAGUGAGCCGGUGGAUCUCGAGGCUCCUGCAUACACAACCAAGGAGUGGGGGUCCAACAUGCUUCUUGAACUGGCGCCUCCCAAGGACAAGGCUGCGGCUAAGAACUGGACUGUUGAGGUGCCGCUUCAUCUACGAUAUCUCAAGCCCUCCCCAACAGGCAAGGAGGAGGCAGGAAUUCCUUACCCCGCGGUGUUCUGGGCGUGCAAUGGCGAACAAGACGUCGGCUAUGCUAUCAACCCAUUUGACCGCAUUAACCUGGGAUAUGACGGCCUAUUCGAACCAGGCACUACGUUUUGGCAUGUGAGCCCUAAGCCAGAAGCUGAUGGUCGUCUCAUCAACAAUAUUAGUGUCCCUGUGGUGACGGAGGGAGCGUCUCAAUGGGUGGGAGUUGGAACAGCGGUUGCCGUAGGCCUAGGCUUCAUCUGGGUCCUAAUGAAGCUGAUGGGAGGAUACGCAAAGUCUGGCCAUGGAACAGUCAAGGCAGCAGAGGAUAAAGACAAGAAGGAGAAAUAG